AUGGCAAGAAGAUCAUCUAGAAGACCAGCAUUUUCCAGAUCAAGUAGAUCAUCGUUUGGAAGUGGGAGAGCAGCUUCCAGAACUUCAACUAGAUCGGCAUCGACUAUGGCCAUGCCAUCAGCAUCGAGAUUUGGAUCUUCUACUUCCUCAUCAUCCGCUUCACACCCAUACCACGGGCCAAACUAUGCAGCAAAGCCCGUUGUUCAGUCAUCCGCUCCGCAGAGCCCAGGCCUAUUUGGACAAAUGGCAAGUACUGCUGCCGGUGUUGCAGUUGGUUCUGCCGUUGGCCACACUAUUGGUGCGGGAAUAACGGGUCUGUUUGGAGGAAGAUCCCAGGAGCAGCCUGCACAGCCUGCACAGCAGUCCAACGAGACUCUUGCCACAACUGGAACCGAGACAAACUCCGCAUUCCAAAACGAGACUGAGUCCAGUCCGUGUGCUGCCGAUGCCAAAAACUUGGCCAGAUGCUUAGAGGAUGCAAAUGGCGAUUAUCACGCAUGCGACUACUACUUGCAGAUGCUAACAUCGUGCAAGGCUGCCGCAAAACAGUACACCUCGAACUAG